AUGCAGGUUCCUCACUAUGAGGACAAGGUUCCUCACUCUGAGGACAAGAUUCCUCACUCUGAGGAGAAAGUUCCUCACACUGAGGACAAGGUUCCUCACUCUGAGGACAAGUUUCCACACUGUGAGUACAAGGUUCCUCAGUGUGAAGACAAGGUUCCUCACUCUGAGGACAAGGUUCCUUACUCUGAGUACAAGGUUCCUCACUCUGAGGAUAAGGUUCCUCACUCUGAGGACGAGGUUCCUCACUGUGAAAACAAGGUUCCGCACUCUGAGGACAAUGUUCCUCACUCUGAAGACAGGUUCUUCACUCUGAGGACAUGGUUUCCCACUCUGAGAACAAUGUUCCUCACUCUGAGAACAAGGUUCCUCACUCUGAGGACAAGGUUCCUCACACUGAGGACAAGGUUCCUCACUCUGAGGACAAGGUUCCUCACUCUGAGUACAAGGUUCCUCACUCUGAGGAUAAGGUUCCUCACUCUGAGGACGAGGUUCCUCACACUGAAGGCAGGUUCCUCACUCUGAGGGCAAGGUUCCUCACUCUGGGGAAAAGGUUCCUCUCUCUGAGGAUAAGGUUCCUCACUCUGAGGACAAGGUUCCCGUCUCUGAGAACAAGGCUCACCACUCUUAAGGCAGGUUCCUCACACUGA